UUCACUGUCUCAUCACCUUUUUCGCAAUACCCACAUGCAAAAGCUGUUCUUGCCUUUUAUGCAAUUGCGUACAGUCAUUAUUGUACUUUACCAGGCCUUCUACUGAAAGAACUAUUUUAUCAAGACUGGACGCUUUGAACGAUCUACGUUUUACAAUUUUGGUCGGAGUUUCUUUGGUUUUUUCACCUCCGCUGACCAUGUUAUUGAUUUGCGCGCUGAUCUUUUCAACGAUAUUCAUCGGUUGCAAAAUGACCUCAGGCAAGGAAGCUGCUUUGCGAAGCCAAGGUGAAUCUUGUUCUCCUCCCCAACUCUCCGAUAUCACUUUCGACGCGAUCUUAAUCGGCCAAGUGAAUUUCAGAGAGGACGUGGUCUCAGAGCUACACUGCAUGGACCUAUGCGUGCGUCGAUCUUCGUGUGUUGCAUAUAACAUGGAAACCGCGGGCUCACACGUACGAUGUACGAUUUUGUCAGAUAUUCAGAAGUCAGAAAAAAAGCUCGGAUCACUUUACAGAAAUUUUGAUCGGGAGAAAAUCGAGAAGUUCCUCUUCCAACGUGACAACUGUGAUAAUGAGCCAGAUCAUCAAAUUGAUUAAUAGCUAUGACCGCAGCCACCCACGUCAGAGAUCGUUGCGUGACAUCUUUACAAACGUCUUCCUGUUACUCAAGUAUGGUGGAAGCGAACGAUCUUUCGUUCGUUGACGGGGAUUUGUUCCUUUGUGAAAUGUUCUAUGAGUCAGUGACUGAUUAAAAAAAAAACAUUA